ACAGAAAUCACAUUACAAAUGAAUCAAAACGCCAUUGGACGUGUACAAGUUGUUAAAUAUUUGUUCAAAAUUAUUAAACACAUAAAAUGAAGAUUGACAGCCAGGAACAACGGUUUCACAGAGAAAGACCGUGUCUUAAGGUGCUGUUUACUGGUCUGUGUCUGGGAAUGAUGUGUUUCUUGGUUAUGUGGUCUUGUAUGGGUUUUAAAGAAAAAGAGAAGCAGCCUCCACACAGCCUUUUGUUUCAGCACUUUGCAAAACUUCACAACUCCACAAACUCCUUCAGCUCUUCUGCUGCUGAUGUCUCAGAAAUCAGUUCAAAAGAGUCACCAACAAACUCAUUUUACUCUGAAUUUGGAAUCAGUUCAGCACGGUACUCCAGUUUACAGCAGGCUCUCUACUGGGCUGGACCAGACAGAUCAGUCACAGCUGUGUCCAUGAGUACAAGUCCAGUUCACUCGACAUUCAUCAUUCAGAACCUGAAAGACAGCUACCAAAUAGGAGAGAAGAUUUAUGUUAGGAUCCAUGCGAGAGAUUUUAACAAUAAUUCCAAACCUCAUGGAGGGGACUUCUUUCAAGCCAAGCUGUUCUCAUUCAAAACACCCAUAAAGGCCAGUGUGUUUGGGGAGGUGGUGGACUUGCUCAACGGCUCUUACUCUGUACGUUUUCUUCUGCCGUGGGUGGGACAGGCACAGGUGGCUGUGCGUCUGAUCCACUCCAGUGAAGGUGUGCAGGUCCUCAAGCAUCACAGAGACACUGAUUCUGACAGAGUUUUCUUUAAUGGAUAUUUUAAAGGACCUGGACCAAAUGGGACCAGGCUAAAUGAAAUAGUGAAGUGUAAUGUGAAGUGGGACAAGAAUGGACUGGAGAGGGUGGGAAAAGAAGAUUGCUGCUGUGAAUACAAAGAUUCUCGCACUGGAGAGGAAUGGCGCUGCCAGAGACCCAAAUCUCUGCCAUGCAGUGCCCGUGUGUACCACUCCAUGGGAGGAUAUAUCAAACGUGUGACUGCCAAAGAAGCAAAGUUUAUGCAGCAAACCAACAAAGGUAUCAAUGGGCAAAAAAGCUUUAUUAACAUUCUUCCCUCUAAUGAAAGUGCAAGAAUGGAUGUACGAGACAAAUGUCGUCCUGGUUUGCACUCACCAGUUCCAGCGGGCUUUUAUCUGAAUGAUGUGUGGACGUCCUUUGUGUGUAAAACUCGUCAAUUUACUCCCCAAACAACAACACAAUGCCUGAAGGACAAACACAUCUACAUGAUGGGAGAUUCUACUAUGAGACAGUGGUUUGAGUUCUUGCUGAAAGCUGUACCAAGUUUGAAGCGGAUGAAUCUGCAUGUUCAGUAUCAGGCAGGACCUCUUCUAGCAGUGGAUGUGGGGAACAACAUUGACUUACACUGGAGAGCUCACGGUGUUCCUCUGCGCUGUCGGAAAACUGAAGUUGCUAAUCUGCACUACAUCAGUAAUGAGAUUGAGGAUCUGGCUGGAGGACCUCACACUGUUAUUGUCUUUAAUCUGGGACCACACUUCACCACAUACCCUCUGGAUUUCUUCACCCACAGAGUGUUGAGAAUCCGCAAAGCUGUUGUAGAUUUAUUACAGCGAGCACCAGAAACUACUGUAAUCAUCAAAACUGUCAACACUGGCUAUAAGGAUGUGUUUGGCAGUGACUGGUAUUCUCUUCAGUUGGACAGAAUUCUGCGGUGGGCUUUUCAGGAUGUUGGUGUUUAUAUUUUGGAUGUAUGGCAAAUGACAUCCUGUCACUACAACAAAGAGAACAUUCAUCCAGGGCCUGUCAUCAUCAAAAAUGAGAUGGACAUUUUUCUUUCUUUUAUUUGCCCUGAAUGAAUUUCUCAACGUGAGGCUAAAACCUGAAGAUACACGAUUAGUUCUUGGGAUAUGGGAAACGGUGUCAGAAACUGAUAAUGGUAGAGGAAUUAAAAUUAUGCAGGAAAAUUUGUAUAUAUAAUACUUAUGCAUAUUGCAAAACAAGCACAAAAAUGAAUCUGUGAGGUGAUGAUGUUGACAACUGCACAACACAAAUUAAAAAUUAGAUUAAGUUUUAACCAAUUAUAAAUGGUCAGUAAUAAAUCAAAGGAGCUUUUAAACAGAAAAGUAAAAUAUAAUAAAUAGAGUAAAAGUGAGUUUUAUGAGCAUAAUUUGUUUGACAUAAUCAGGGUAAAAUCCACAUGGUGCGAAGGCACAUGAUCAAAGUGUGUUUCAUAAUGUACUUUAACCAGUAUUUACAAAAUGAAGUCAGAGAGGUGUUGCUUUUGCAUGUUGUUGAUAAAUACCAGUUGUGAAAUAUCACAACAUGCUCAAGCAGUCACAUCAAAAAUGUCAAAAUGUCGUGCCUCAAAGGACCACAGUGCUACAUAAAUACAGACAUACAACAGUGGAGUAAAACAAGAAUAAACCUACACAAACUAACCUACUAAUUUAUUGAGAGAGUGACUAAAUAUACUACAGUCUACAGUAUAUACAGAUGCUACAAAUAAAUACUGUAUGUGUGCAAGGAGAACAUUGUAAACAUUGGAAGUCAGGCAGAUAGCUGGGGAACAGUGCAAGAUGAUUUGUAGUGCAAGCAUGUAAACAUAGUACAUGUUAUUGAGUCUUUUGUGAGAUUAUGUACACACAGCAGUGUGUGUGUAAAAAGUGUCUAGUGCACAUAAGGGAGAGCGUGUUACUACAGGUGGUUUUGAAGGCCCUCUCACCUGUGAGUAAGCACACUCAGAUUUGCACGAAAAGGGGUUGUAUGGGGUUUCACAGGGGCCAGGUUGAGUUGAGCUGAGUGCUCUCAAACUUUGGGGAAAAAGCUGUUGAGCAAUCUGGAGGAGUGGGCUUCCUGAUGGUGUGUUUCAAUGUGGCAUAAUUUAAAGGAAUAGUUCACCUGCAAAAUGAAAAUUCUGUCAUCAUUUAUACCCUGUUGUAAAUAGUGACAGAAUGUUCUUCUAGAACAACACACCCCAACUCUUAUUACAUUCUGGUGGUGAUUGUCAAAAAUUGCAUUAUAAACUGACAAUCUGUCAAUUCACACCUUUACUUAAAUAGGUAAUACUCAGUAGUAUUUACCAUAACCUUUGUUGGUGGUGUUGGCUUUGAACCAAAUAAAACAUGUAUUAUGUUGCUAUAGAGCUGAAAAUACUUGAGCAAGAUAGGGUUCGGUUAAAAAAUAAAAACUGAACAUCGCUGACUGCUUAUGAAUUAGAUCAAUGUGGCAUAACUAUCAGAACAAAUUCUUCAUUAAAAUACUUUAUUAAAUUCUUCAGAUCUGAAAAAUUCCUGUUGUUCAUUUAAACAGCUAACGUAGAACUAAAAGUGAUCAGUGAUUACUUUUAUUCUUUAGAUGUAAGCCUAUAAUUAAACUCUAAAAUUAGAUAUUUCUGAAGUAGAAUUCUAACACAAGGCCUUUUACGCAUCCAACAAGUGCACAUUUUCAAUGACAAAGUAGAAAUGUUAGUUGUGGAAAAAAUGUGAAAAUGAAACAAUAGCAAAAUUUCACUGCUGGAUUAUCCAUCUAGUGUUACACAAUUUGAUUCUUUCAAUCGUAUUAUAAUAAGCUAUUCAAAUCUAAAACAUCUGAAAACAAUGUGUUUCAUGCAAUAAUAUUAUUUUCCAAUAAUAUAUUUUUUUCAGCACAUUUGGAUGGUCAAGAAACAAUCUGGAAUUAGAGGUUAAAACCAAAUCUAUAGAACUGUGCUUUCAUGUAGUGUUUCUGGUCUAACAAGAUCAAAGUCAUGGGUUUGAUUGCCCGGGAGCAUUAUAACUGCACGUAUUAGGUUCCAGUUAAAACCAUUAUAAUAAAACAAUGCCUCCACAGUGAUUCUGAACCUGUACACAAAAAAUGCUCAGAGUCAGUGACGCACCCAAACGCAGUUGUCAAGGUAGUAUUUUGGAAUGUAGCCUAUCCAGUCUAAUACUUCAUUUCAAUGGGUGGUUUAAAUGUCAUAUUUUCUUAAACCAUCCCUAAUAAAAUGUCUGGAAAAACCUGUUUAAACAGUGUAUAUCAUGCAUUGUCCUGUGAUCUCAGAUUUAGCAUCAGCUGCCAAAAGUGUAUGCAAUAAUAUAAUAAUUAUAAUUAGUAGUAAUCAAUUGUAUAAGGUUGUGCAUAAUUUUUGGCCACUCCUGUGUCUUCACGCCCAUGGUUCAUAGCUUAGUCUGUACUGUCAACGUCAUUGCUCAGUGAUGCACCAGGGGGUGUGUAAUUUUCUUUUCAGAGUCAUUGUCCCAUGUCCUGUUCCUUUCAAAGACUUAGCAUUCAUGUUGACCUGAAGUUGUGACGCUCACAUUAUCAUUGUCACAAUCUAAUUUGUAUCAACAGCAUCACAAAUGGUUUUCUUUUAACAUGCACUCUGAAGAACGCAGUUAUGACAGGAGUUGUUUUAUUAUUUAAGAAAAUGAAAAACCUUUUUACGAAAUUUCCAAAGAGAAAUUAGUCAUAAAAGUAUUUCUAAAUCCCUAAUUAUAUUACAAUAGUUUGCACUUAAAAAUGGCAUAUGUAUUAUACACAUCAUACACUCAAUGCUGGGUUGUUUCAACACA